AUGAAGUGUGGGUCUGAAUGCCGAAAUGUGAGCAAGGAUGAGCUGCUACUCCAGUCAGACCUGAACCUGGUAGAGCCACUCUCCACCCUGGACACGAUGCAAUCUGCAGAAUGGGUCACAAGGCCCAAACCUGAGAACAUUAACAAGCACAAGCCUUGGAUCGAGACCUCAUAUCACGGAGUCAUAACUGAGAAUAAUGACACAGUUAUUUUGGAUCCACCCCUCGUAGCCCUGGAUAAAGAUGCACCAGUCCCUUUUGCAGGGGAAAUCUGUGCAUUCAAGAUCCAUGGCCAAGAAUUGCCCUUUGAGGCUGUGGUGCUCAACAAGACCUCUGGGGAGGGCCAGCUCCGUGCUAAGAGCCCUAUUGACUGUGAACUCCAGAAGGAGUACACAUUCAUCAUCCAGGCCUACGACUGCGGUGCUGGGCCCCGCGAGACAGCCUGGAAAAAGUCCCACAAGGCCGUGGUCCAUAUCCAGGUGAAAGAUGUCAAUGAGUUUGCUCCCACCUUCAAAGAGCCAGCCUACAAGGCCGUUGUCACAGAGGGCAAGAUCUACGACAGCAUCCUGCAGGUGGAGGCUGUUGAUGAGGACUGCUCCCCCCAGUACAGCCAGAUCUGCAACUAUGAAAUCGUCACGACUGAUGUGCCUUUUGCCAUUGACAGGAAUGGAAACAUCCGGAACACAGAGAAGCUGAGCUAUGACAAGCAACGCCAGUAUGAGAUCCUGGUGACCGCUUACGACUGUGGGCAGAAGCCGGCUGUUCAGGACACCCUGGUGCAGGUGGACGUGAAGCCAGUGUGCAAACCUGGCUGGCAAGAUUGGACCAAAAGAAUUGAAUACCAGCCUGGUUCAGGGAGUCUGCCCUUGUUUCCCAGCAUCCACCUGGAGACGUGCGAUGGACCUGUGUCCUCCAUUCAGAUCACCACAGAGCUGCAGACCAAUUACAUCGGGAAAGGCUGUGACCGGGAGACCUACUCUGAGAAAUCCCUUCAGAAGUUGUGUGGAGCCUCAUCUGGCAUCAUUGACCUCUUGCCAUCCCCCAGUACUGCCACCAACUGGACUGCAGGACUGCUGGUGGACAGCAGUGAGAUGAUCUUCAAGUUCGAUGGAAAGCAGGGUGCAAAGAUUCCUGAUGGGAUUGUACCCAAGAACCUGACAGACCAGUUCACCAUCACCAUGUGGAUGAAGCACGGCCCCAGCCCUGGCAUGAGAGCUGAAAAAGAAACCAUCCUCUGCAACUCAGACAAAACAGAAAUGAACCGGCAUCACUAUGCUCUGUAUGUGCACAACUGCCGCCUCGUCUUCCUCUUGCGGAAGGACUUUGACCAGGCCGACACCUUCCGUCCUGCCGAGUUCCACUGGAAACUGGACCAGAUUUGUGACAAGGAAUGGCAUUACUAUGUCAUCAAUGUGGAGUUUCCAGUGGUUACCUUAUACAUGGAUGGAGCAACAUAUGAACCAUACCUGGUAACCAACGACUGGCCCAUUCACCCGUCUCACAUAGCCAUGCAACUGACCGUCGGCGCUUGUUGGCAAGGAGGAGAAGUUACCAAGCCCCGGUUUGCUCAAUUCUUCCAUGGCAGCCUGGCCAGUCUCACCAUCCGGCCUGGCAAAAUGGAGAGUCAGAAGGUGAUUUCCUGCUUGCAGGCUUGCAAGGAAGGGCUGGAUAUUAAUUCUUUGGAAAGUCUCGGCCAAGGAAUAAAGUAUCACUUCAACCCCUCGCAGUCCAUCCUGGUGAUGGAAAGUGAUGAUGUUGGGAACAUCAACCGUGCCCUCCAGAAGGUCUCCUACAUCAACUCCAGGCAGUUCCCAACAGCGGGUGUGCGGCGCCUGAAAGUCUCUUCCAAAGUCCAGUGCUUUGGGGAAGAUGUGUGUAUUAGCAUCCCGGACAUGGACGCCUAUGUGAUGGUCCUGCAGGCCAUCGAACCCCGCAUCACCCUUCGGGGCACAGAGCACUUCUGGAGGCCUGCCACCCAGUUUGACAGUGCCAGAGGGGUGAUCCUCUUUCCAGACAUCAAGAUCGUGAGCACCUUUACCAAAGCUGAGGCGCCCGGGGACUUGAAAACCACAGCCCCCAAAUCCACAGUCUUAGAAGAAAUGCUUCACAACUUAGAUUUCUGUGAUAUUUUGGUGCUUGGAGGGGACUUGGACCCAAGACAUGAGUGCUUGGAGCUUAGCCACAGUGAACUCCACCAGCGACACCUGGAUGCCACCAACUCCACGGCAGGCUACUCCAUCUAUGGUGUGGGCUCCAUGAGUCGCUAUGAGCAGGUGUUACACCAUAUCCGCUACCGAAAUUGGCAUCCAGCAACUCUUGAGGCCCGGCGGUUCCGGAUCAAGUGCUCCGAACUCAAUGGGCGUUACACCAGCAAUGAGUUCAACCUUGAGGUCACUGUCCUUCAUGAGGUCAAAGUCUCAGACAAGGAGCAUGUCAACCACCUUAUCGUGCAGCCUCCCUUCCUCCAGUCUGUCCAUCACCCUGAGUCUCGGAGCAGCAUCCGGCGCAGCUCAGUGGUCCCAAGCAUUGCCACGGUGGUCAUCAUCAUUUCUGUGUGCAUGCUCGUGUUUGUUGUGGCCAUGGGUGUGUACCGCAUCCGGAUUGCCCACCAGCACUUCAUUCAGGAGACCGAGGCUGCCAAGGAGGCUGAAAUGGAUUGGGAUGACUCUGCAUUGACUAUUACCGUCAACCCCAUGGAGAAACACGAAGAACCAGGGCGUGGAGAGCAUGACACUGAAGACGAGGAGGAGGAGGAAGUAGAGGAAGACAUGAGCUCCAGCAGCAGCGACUCAGACGACAGUGAAGACGAGGAGGAGGAGGAAGAGAUGGGCCGAGGCAGACAUGGGCAGAGUGGAGUCAGGCAAGCCCAGCUGGAGUGGGAUGACUCCACCCUCCCCUAUUAGUGCCCCAGCUGUCUGUGCUCAGCCCAUGUGUCUGUUUUGUAAACCCCAACCCAGUGUCUGCCCGAGUCUAUCACACGUCGCCUCUGGUUUCUAUCACAGGUCUGGAAGGCCUGCCCCAGCCUCCUAGAGCACAUCCUUCACUCCCUAGGAACGCCUCAUGUCCCUGCCCUGGGUCGGUCCUAUGAAGCUCAGCAGCAGCAGCAGCAGUGGAGACUUUAGGCUAGACUUCAUCCUAUAGCCCCCACUUCUGCCCCGGGCUCACCCAGGGUCCUGUCACCCAAUUGCAGAGUUCUGCCUUUGCUCUUUUCAGCAGGGGAGAGCUCCGGCCUUUCUGUCACUUACCUCCCCUGGUCUCAGUGUGCCCUCGGCCCUUGGGUUCCAAUUCACUGUGCGUGCAUCUGACUGAAUCGUCUCCCUCCACACAGACCAGCAGGUUCUCCUUACGCUGCUCCUCCAGUUUGCUUUAUAAAGGGAGGGUGGUUGCAUUUCACACACUUAAGGUCUU